GGCGCCAGUCGCGUCUCCCAAAUGACUGCGUUAAGUUCGGGAGGUUAAUCUAUGAGUUAAACCUCGAGCCACAUUUACUGUAGCCUACAUUAGACAACAAUGUGUUCAGUUGAGUCUUUGAGAGAGUUUGUCAAUGAGCGACUAACUGCUGCUGCUGAAGAAAUAUUGGGAGUUUUUUAAAGAAUCAUCGUCGAGUACGAGGAAGAGAUCGAUCGUCAGCGCAGACUGUUGGAUAUCGUUUUGAAGCCUGAAAUAAAGUUACACAGGACAGAGCUCCCACAGCAACAUGUGUGUAAGGAGGAGGAGGUUGUCCCUGAGCAGCAGCUCUGUAUUGAGGAGAGGAAGUCCAGUGUGGACCAAGAGGAGCCAGAGCCUCCACACAUUAAAGAGGAAGAGGAGGAAGUGUGCAGCAGUCAGGAGGGAGAGCAGCUUGUACUGAAGCAGGAGACUGAUGGCUUUAUGUUGACUCCUGCUGAAGAGGAAAGUGAGCACAGUGAAGAUCAGACUCUGGACUUCAUUCAUGACGACACUCAAAGUGCAGCAGAGAAAGAGUCUGUCGUCAUCAUACCAGUUAUAAGCUAUGUGAUACCAACCAGUGACCACCAGCUGCUCUCUCACAACUCUCAUGUAGCUGAGAGCCAAGAUGAGGAAGAAUACCAGCAUGGAGACUCAGGAUCAACUAGAAACACAGAGCUUCAAGCAGAGAAAAGACAUCAUGAAAGUGAAAUUAACAGUAAGAGUCCACACACCUCUGCUGUGAUCAACUUAAAUACAGGUAAAAAGCCUUUAAAAUGUGACAUAUGUGGGAAAGUUUUUGAGUACAAGUCAAAAUUGCAGAGACACCUGAGAAUCCACACAGGUGAGAUGCCGUAUACUUGUAAAGUAUGUGGGAGAGGUUUCAGAUGUAAUGAUUACUUGUUAGUCCACAUGAGGACUCAUUCAAGUGAGAAGCUGUAUACUUGUAAAGUAUGUGGGAGAGGUUUCGUACGUAGUAAUUACUUGUUAGUCCACAUGAGGACUCAUUCAGGUGAGAAGCCGUAUACUUGUAAAGUAUGUGGGAGAGGUUUCAUACGUAAAGAUUACUUGUUAGUCCACAUGAGGAGUCAUUCAGGUGAGAAGCCGUAUACUUGUAAAGUAUGUGGGAGAGGUUUCGUACGUAAUGAUUACUUGUUAGUCCACAUGAACACUCAUUCAAGUGAGAAGCCGUAUACUUGUAAAGUAUGUGGGAGAGGUUUCAGACGUAAUGGUGACUUGUUAGUCCACAUGAGGACUCAUUCAAGUGAGAAGCCGUAUACUUGUAAAGUAUGUGGGAGAGGUUUCAUACGUAAUGAUUACUUGUUAGUCCACAUGAGGAAUCAUUCAGGUGAGAAGCCGUAUACUUGUAAAGUAUGUGGGAGAGGUUUUGUACGUAAAGAUUACUUGUUAGCCCACAUGAGGACUCACACAGGUGAGAAGCUGUAUAUUUGCACAACAUGUGGGAGACACUUCAGAUCUAGCAAUACCUUGACAGUCCACAUGAGAACGCACACAGGUGUAAAGGUGCAUCACUUGAGCACAGAGGUUCCAGUUGAAGUCACACAUAUACAGGAGAGAGACUGUUUACAUGCAAAACAUGUGGCAGAGCUUUCAGAGGCCUGUUCCAUAAAGCAUGCUAAGAAAAGUGGGGAGUGAAGUCCAAAUCCUGAAUUUUAAUUGAAAUUGCAGGUCUGGAACAGUUAAACUAGUGAGAUAAAGAAGAAAAGGAGGACACUGCUUUAAAGUUUGAAUGAAUUUUAUACUUGCAAGAGUCAUGGAAACCCUGGAAAAGUCAUGGAAUUAGUCAAAAUCAUAAGUCACAGAACUUGUUUGUGUAUAAUGAAAUUAUUAGAAUCAUCUUCAGUGGAUAAUCCUCCAUAAAAUGUAACAUAAUGGCAAAUUCAUUUUUCUGAAGCUGGCGUCUUAAUGUAGCUUUAAUAUGCGUUGAUGUGUGACAGUGUUUGUUUACCAUCAGGUGUGUUUUGUCAUUUUCUCCCUCAGUUUGUCUCUCCCUUCCUGUGUGCCAAUUAUGUUUACAUAGAGUUUGAAUCAGAUGUUUGAAAAACGCCGGGCAAGUGGGGAAAGAAAAAGAAAAUUCUUCAUUGUGAGUCCUUGAAAAGUCAUGAAAAAGUUUGGAAAUAUUGUCCGUGAAAAUGUGAGCGGAACCUUUAAUUAAAAGUAUGACUGAUUUUGCAGUGAGCACAGUAAUAAACUGAUCCCAGAA